UUAAACUUAUUAAGUAAGCUAGUUUGAGUCAAACAACGCCUUGAGUUAAAAAUUGUCAACCCCUUGCCGUCCAUUAAUCUGUUAAAUACCUAAAUCCCAUCACCGUAUCUUGAGAUCCCAAUUGAAUUUGACGAAACCGAAAACGAUCAAAAUGGACGCCAUCGACACCGUCUUCGAUCCACUGAGAGAUUUCGCCAAGGACAGCGUACGCCUCGUCAAGCGCUGUCACAAGCCCGAUCGCAAAGAGUUCACCAAGGUUGCCUUCCGUACGGCGAUAGGAUUCGUGGUUAUGGGAUUCGUUGGUUUCUUCGUGAAAUUGAUCUUUAUUCCUAUCAAUAAUAUCAUUGUUGGAUCUAGUUAGAUCACAUUGAUGGCUAGCAUGGUUAGUAAUGGUGGUUCAUUAGUUUUGAUUACAAUGUCCAGACUCCAGAGACCAAUUACAUUGUAGUGGAAAGGAAUAUUGUUACUUUUGAUGUAGCUUUUUCAUUAUUUGUAUGAGACUUUAAGAUAAAGGAUAUCGUUUGAAAUUUCUCGUA